AUGGAGGUGCAGCCUUCCACAGCUCAGCAAAUGACCCCAUCUCGGCCUGUAGAACUCCCUGCGAACAUGGAGCCAUCUCCAGGGUCACAGCCCAGCCCAGCUCAGCCUUCAGAGCCACCCAUGGAGGUGGAACCCGCUCCGACCCCGCAGGGAGUCCUGCCUGAGCUCCCAGCGCCGCCUCCAACACACUAUGGCAUGACGGUUCCAGCCCUGGGUCAGGAGGAGGCUCACUCUCCAACUUCACCCAGUGUCACACCUCAGCCUCUGGACAUUGAACUCACCGUCACUUCAGAGCCUACUAACGAGGCUAAACAUUCUAAGGCCCUGACAGAUACAGUUUCUACUCCAAUGAACAGUGAGGAUCAAACUGUGACCACAGGCGGCAACAUAUGCAAGCUCUGCUGGUGCCAAAACGAGACACUGUCCUGCGUUGGUCUCAGCCCAGGGCAGGAGCUCCACCAAGUGCCCGUGCUCGAGCCCAGCAGCUACAAUGGCACCUUCACCACCUUAAAUUUCCAAGGAAAUAAAAUUUCAGACGUCGAUAAGAGGGUAUGGAAAGAAUAUCCGUGGACUGAGAAACUAAUUCUCAGUGACAAUCAGCUGACUGAAUUACACAAGGAUACCUUUGAAGGUCUGCUCUCCCUCCGGUAUUUAGAUUUACACUGCAAUAAAAUACGCUACAUUGAAAGAGGGACAUUCGACUCAUUACCGUUUCUGAAGACUUUAAAUCUCAACUGCAACUUUAUGACAGAAGUGAGCUUUGGAACAUUCCAGACAUGGCAUGGAAUGCAGUUCUUAACCAAGAUAAUUCUCAACCAUAAUCCUCUGACAGUUAUUGAAGAUCCUUACCUUUUCAAGCUGCCAGCACUAAAAUAUCUAGACGUGGGGAAAACACACGUUCAACUUACGACAGUUGAGAACAUCCUCCUGAUGAGCUUUACGUUGGAAAAACUGAUCUUACCUAGCCACCUGGGCUGCUGCCUCUGUCAAUUUAAAAGCAGCAUUGAAGUUGUCUGCAAGACUGUCAAGCUACGUUGUGGAAGUGGAUGCCUGACGAACACCACAUAUUGUCUGGAAGGAGCGUCCAUAGGCGACCCGGAAGGAGCGUUCAUGAAGGCGCUGCAGGCCCGGAAGGAGAGCACCACCACUGCGCUAACCAUUGAACAAGACAGGGGAGAGGCAAACAGCCUUGAAGAGAUGGAGAAAGAGGAAAAAAGACGCCAGAGGAGGCACAGAGUCCACGAGACGCCCGGAAGCACACAGGCAAGACACCCCAAGACAGCGAGGAGAAAGAGCCGCUGGGGGACACCGAGGGCCCAGCCACCCGAGGAGAGCGCCGAGGGCGACCAGGGGCAGCUCUGGGACCCAGCCUCCAUGGAGCCGGGGCGGCGGGAGCCGGGGCAGGAACCCUCGAAGUCCGUGGACAGCUCCUUCCUAGCUGAGCCCUCGUUGACAACGGAAUACGAGGCGGCACUCUCUUCCUCCCCAGCACAGUACUGGCUCAGCCUGGAUUCCAAACCCACCCCUGAAAAAUUGCUACCUGAUUUCAUAAACAAAAAGAAUGACUUAACUGAUACCAUUUUCGUUUUGGAAGAUGCAAGUGCUAUGGUUAGAGGUAUGGUGAAUGCUAAACAAUCUGCAAAAAAGCAUCAAGACUUAAGAAAGAAAAAGUCAUAUCAGAUAGUUGCAGAGAGGCCUCCGGCGCCUGCAGUGAGGAGCCUCAUAAAUUCCCUACCCCGAGGGGCUUUGUCAUCUUCAGGAGACCUGAGUUCUCUGGCAAACCCUUUUCCAGAAAUAUAUACUCUUGCAGAUCCUUCCACAGAAAGCGCCUCUGUGGAAAAUCAGACUGCAGCAAGUACUUUUGAAGGAACUGUUUCAACCACUGCUGUACCAGAAGAAACUGAACCGGAAAAUACAAACUUUGAGAAUCCUUAUGGAGAGGCCCCGCUGAAUACACUUAAGAUUACUCCACCUGAUAAACAAACUGGUGAGGCACAGUGGGAACACCCCAGCAUGACCACCGCUGCACCCGCCACAAGCCAGGACCUCCCGCAGUGGUCCGCAGGCGAUCGGUUUGAAAGUGAGCUGUACGAGCAGAUGCAGCCCCUCAUCCCCAACAAGAACGUGAGGAAGCUGCUCGCUCACAUUGUCAGGAUUUUGAAGAUGGAAUGCUCCGAGACCCGCGUGCAGCAGCCCUGUGCCAGGCUCAGGUUCAGAACAAGCCUCUUGAUGAAGCUUCUCAGUGAGCAGCAAGAAUUUACCAUGUCCAAGGUCGACUGGGAUACAGAGCAGUGGAAAACUGAGAACUACCUCAGUGAGAGCACAGAGGCCCAGAGUGGACCGAAGGAGCGUCAAUCAAGUGAGCUUGGAAAAGAAGUCCCUGGACAUGGCUAUAAUAACAAGCUCAUCUUGGCAAUAUGUGUGACUGCUGCAGUGACUGUUUUGAUUAUAAUUUUCUGUCUCAUUGAGAUUCAUUCUCGCAGAGCAACAAGGAUGGCCAGUGAAAGAAAAUCCUCAGGGGAGCUCACUGAAGUCAUCAUUGAAACACCUCCAAGCAUCGCCAAGCACUGAUGAGAAUAAAUAGGUGACAACAGAGUGACUCCAUCUUUAUUUUUACAUCCUCUUUUUGUUUUUUU